CUUAGCCUUACAAGAUGACUAGUCUAGCUGGCUCGCUUGAUCGAAGAAACUUAUCGCGUCGCUAAUUAAAGAAACUAUGGGAGUGAUGACACGACCUUUGCCAUGUGCUUGGUAGAUAAGACAUGCAAAUACCCGCCAACAUGCAAGGGUCUUCCCCAUGUUGAGAAGUUAUAUAUAGCAGUGAUGAAGAAAAAUAGUCUCGAUUCCCUUGAACGUGGGGGAUCGUUCGGAAAUAUUCCCCGACAUCUUCAGCCUUCGGAUACAUGUGGGAUCUUACUUUUGCUUGUCCUUUCCGUGUAGCCACUCCAUUUCCACUUCCUUGAACCUUCCCUUCGAACUCCUUCCAAAGAACGGACGUUGAAAUAACCCACAUAUACCCCCUUCAAUAUUGGCUCGUCUACUUUUGUCUGAUAAAACGGUGACGAUUAGCUUACAUUUUGUUGUAAAGAUUCAUCAUGCGAGUCGAUGAAUCUAAGAACGGGCUUGCGUCCCUGAGUGGCACGUUGUUGGGCCUGACGACGAUAACCAUCAUUCUACGAUUUAUUGCACGCCGAAAGCAAAAAGCAUCCUUGCUAAUUGACGAUUGGAUGGUGUUCUCAGCUUGGGUAAGUCUCAUCUGCUUUUACUUGCCGAGCGGUAGCUUACUUCUUCGUUGUGUUAGAUCUUCUUCGCGAGUCCAACGACCAUAUCUUCCUACGAUAACCAUGGGAAUGCUUCCCUGUCUAAACAGCUCGUAGACUAACAUGAGUGGAUAGCGAUAUCGCAAAAGUUUAUGGGGUAUAUUGAACCCAAAAACCACAAACUUGUGGCCUCUAUGCAUGCAGAGGUAGAAAAGGUAUGCACCCUUGAUAAGGUUUGGACUUUAGCCUGAGCUGACUGGAAACACAGACAUAUACAGCGCUUAAUGGCUUAACCGUGAUAACGCUCGGCCUAACGAAACUGAGUGCACUACUAUUUUAUCGUCGCGUAUUUUGCACUGAUUUGCGCGAAGCUUUCAAUGUCGUCCCCGCUGUAGUUGUUACCGUGGUUGCCUUAUGGACCCUUGGCUUCUUCAUCAUGACAUUUUUAAUCUGUGGUGCAAAUAUAAACUAUCUUUUUGGGGUUGGAGCUUCGGCAUCUGCGAAGUGUGGGGCUAUUUUCCCAUACUUUAUGGGGACUACCAUAUCCGACUUUCUUCUAGAUGUUUUCAUUCUUACCCUAGCCAUCCCCAAAGUAAGAUAUCUCUUUGGGCCGUGACACAACUUCCACAACUGAUCGAAGCAGAUUUGGUCCCUGAACAUGACCCUCAAACGAAAGAUUGCAGUCUUCUGCGUCUUUCUACUUGCUUUUGUGUGAGUCUUAACACUGAUAGAGUAACGAUCUUGAACUGACUCUGUCUAGUGGUCUUGCCUCAAGCACUUCGCGUAUGGCUAUCGCUAUUAUUCUUGUAACCAAAGGAAGAGCCGUCGACGACGAGGAUGUCUAUGGCUAGUAUCUCCUCUUCUAUAUAUGUUUCAUUUCACUAUGAAUGAAAGCUACUGAGGUACUUGUGUAGAAAGGAAUACAAGUUGGACAUAUCUCAUAAUAUUGGAAGCCGGCCUCACAAUCGUUGCUGUGAAUCUGCCAUCAUUGUGGUACUACCUAGCUGGCGUGAGCCCUGAGCGUAUCUUACGCACUGUCCGCAGUGUUAUUUCCCUCCGCUCUAUUCGCAGCGGUUUGCAAUCCAGUUCCAAGUCAGUGAAUGAUUUCGAGAACAAGUCAGGUACAGGAAGCGGGUCUAAGAGAGAUCAAAGUCUGGGCACCAAUUCCUCCUCAUCAUACUUGACCUAUCCAAAAUGGAGAACAGUCGAGACUUAUACAAUGGUAGACAUGCCGGCUCAACCACAGCACCAGAACAACUCAUUCGUCACACCGGCAACCGACGGUAUCUUGCUUAACCACACCAUACAACGUACGGAGGAGCAAGUAUGAUGAGCAUAAUUCAAGAACAUCUCCCUAUUUUCGGGCGUUGCUGCUACUGACAUGUAGCAUGAGUUAGACGGAAGAGAGCAUAAGUCACCAGCCUAAUAUAUGAGAAACUUUUCCAGCGAACCAGUCACCCGCCAAUGAUUGCGUUGUAAAUUUCGCGUUGCAUGUUACUACUAUGAUAGUAAUGAGAAGAUUGGAUUCCUCGAUAUUCAACCAAUAGCUGGAGAGGUCAAUGGUACAUGUGUAUUGUGAUUCAAAACCAUGACAUGGUGUUUCAUUGCGGACCCACAGGAGAUUGUCCAGGAUCGAUUUCGAUGAGUUUAUCUGGUUUCAUCAGACUUGCUUGUUUUGUAGGUUUGCUCCAUUCCUGCUUGCAGCCGCAAUAGCUCAGGACUUGGACUGGCCUCGUCUUUGAAGCGCUGAAAGUUGAAUCGUCCUACAAGCGCAGGUAGCAUUGGUGCAAAGCCA